GGGCUCGUCCGGCCGAUUUAGGGCAGGGAGGAGGAGGGGGGCGGGGGAUCGAUCCAGGCCCCCUCCCCCCGGCUGCUCGGGUCUCUAGUCUGGGCGGCGGGGCUGUGCCGGGCAGAUCAGUGGGAGGGAGGCGAAGUUCGGGGCCAGCCCCCCAGGCUCCGGCAGGGGAGGCGCAGGAGGCGGGGCGCCGCCAGCCCGGGGCCGGCGGGGAGAGGGGCGCUGCGGGUCCAGCCCCGAACGCGCCGCAAACUUUGCCCGACGCUGCGCGGAGCGAGCUCAGGGGCUCCGCGGGGCGGGGCGGCCCGGCCGGCUCCCGGGGUCUCUCGGUUCCCGGCCCGGGGCGCGGAUUCUCCCCCCCCCUUUGAACCGGACUCGCUCCCGUCCCCCAUCGCUGGCCCAGAAGAUGGUCAACGAUCGAUGGAAAGACAUGGGCAGAGCGUCUCCACUCGAGGACGGGCAGCAGGAGAAAUCCCAGAGAAUGAGCUGUGGCUACAUCCUGUGCACGGUCCUCCUGGCCGUGGCCGUCCUCCUGGCCGUUACCGUCACUGGCGCCAUCCUCUUCAUGAACCACUAUCACAGCCCCGUCACGGAUUCCCCACCCAUCAUCAGCACCAACCCCGAGGAGGCCACUGCCCUGGUCACCAUCGAGAAGGUGGACAGCUCCCGCAUCAACAUCUUCAUUGACCCCAACUGUCCAGACCAAGCCAGCAGCUUCACCCGCCUGGAGAGCUUCCAGUCCUCCGUGCUGCAUGCCGUGACGGACCACGAUGCUGAGAUGAAGUCAUCCAAGGGACAGGAGCGGGCCCUGCUGGUCACUGUGGCGGAGGAGGUGGCCAAGCUCUUGACCCACGCCACUCAGCUGAGAGCUGACUGUGACAGCUUGAAGAAGGGGCACCACGCGAUGGGGCAGGAACUCAAAGCCCUGCAGAACGAGCAGGGGCGGCUGAUACAGCUGCUCUCGGAGAGCCAGACCAACAUGGCCCGGUUAGUGAGCUCUGUCAGCGACGUCCUGGACACGUUGCAGAAGGAUCGAGGCAUGGCCAGGCCUCGGCUCAAAGCCGACUUGCAGAGAUCUCCAGCCCGGGGAGCCCGACCCCGGGGAUGUUCCAAUGGCUCGCGGCCCCGGGACUGCUUUGACAUCUACUUGAGCGGACAACAAGAGGACGGCAUUUACUCCAUCUUCCCCACUCAUUAUCCCUCAGGCUUCCAGGUCUACUGUGACAUGACGACGGAUGGAGGCGGGUGGACGGUUUUCCAGCGGCGGGAGGAUGGCUCGGUGAAUUUCUUCCGCGGAUGGGAAGCGUACCGGGAUGGAUUCGGGAAGCUGACUGGAGAGCACUGGCUAGGGCUGGCGCGGCUCCACGCCCUGACCACGCAGGCCAGCUACGAGCUGCGCAUCGACCUGGAGGACUUCGACAACGGCACGGCCUUCGCCCAGUACGGCACCUUCGGAGUGGGCCUGUUCUCCGUGGACCCAGAGGAGGACGGCUACCCGGUCACCAUCGCCGACUACUCCGGAACAGCAGGAGACUCCUUCCUGAAGCACAACGGCAUGAAGUUCACCACCAAAGAUCUGGACAACGACCAUUCGGAGAACAACUGCGCCGCCUUCUACCAUGGGGCCUGGUGGUACCGCAAUUGCCACACCUCCAACCUCAACGGGCAGUACCUCAAGGGCCACCACAGCUCCUACGCCGAUGGCGUCGAGUGGUCCUCCUGGACCGGCUGGCAGUACUCCCUCAAAUUCACCGAGAUGAAGAUCCGGCCUGCCAGAGAGGAGAAUUAGCCUAACGGCAUGGCCCCUCCCCUGCCCCCUUUUCCUCCCCCCUCCCCCACAGUUCGAUGUUGUCUUGUCCAUGAGUCAGGGGGCAGCCAGGGUGAAAAGCCCCUCUGAUAAUGCACCACUCUGGGCCGCGCUGUCAGCAGCAGGACAGGGGGCCCAGCGGGAGCCCCCGACCAGGGGAAGGCAGCUCUUCCUCUGAGGGUGCGUCCAAGGGGAGAGGUGGUCACUGUUGCCUCCUUGCUCCAAGUGCCUCCAAGGACAUGCACCUCCCGGCGGUGGAGUCGGCCCCCCCUGUUUGGCCUCCCCCUUCCAACAAGCCAGCGGCGCCCUGGGCUCAGGUGUGUGUCGCGUGGGGAGCCGCCUGCACCUGCUGGGCCUUGGCUUGUCAUCACAGGGCAGCUCCAGCGAGGCGGCAGGUGAAAAUCCCUUGGUAAAGCCCCGGCAGGGCGUAGAGAGACUCAACCCACCACGAGGUAACUGAGCUGUUAGUGACAGUCCCUGGAGGCAGCGGCUGGCCUGUGGUUCUCGGUGGGCUUUGCCAAGGGGGUACAGCAGGCACCAAGAAGGGGAAGCCAUGGGGACAGGCGUUGGAGAGCUGGAGGGGGGACAGAACCCAGGAGGCCCCAUUCCCAGCCCCUGCACGCAAUACCAGCCGGCCCGUUAGAAGACCCCCCUCUCCCCCACCGCGUUGAUUCCCUGCACUGAGCUGGGCUCCCAGCACAGAACAAGAGGGCUGGGCUGGCAGGGGCCCAGCUGAUGCCGUAAGGGUGGCAUGUAUAAAAUGCAGCCCCAGGGGGCUCAGCAGAUGGCACACAAAGGCUGCAGAAAAGGGGUAGCGCAGAUUCUUUGUACCCACCCUGGGUUCACUGGAGCUGCCUCCUCCCCACCAGCCACUCACUUUCUGACUACAAGGCUCCACUGGUGAUGGGGCGUCCAGCAGGGAGGAGGGUUGUAUCUAUCCAGGGCCGGGGGGAUACGGCUCCUGGCCUAGCUUUCUGCUGGGGUUUAGCCCAGCUGUGCCUCUGGAUUGAUGAGCAAUUCCCCCUCCCGUUCAAAACGGCCCCACAUCCCAAAUCCAGUUUCUGCCGACACUCAGCAGCUGCAGCCUCUGUCCCGGUGACUAUCCCGGGCCCAGCAACGACUCUAACUCUCCCACAAUCUGCCAUCCAGGCUGGGGUGGGGGCACAGUCAUUCAAUCUUGGAACUGAGAUGGAGGUGACCCCAAACAGUCCACCAGCUCUCCCGGCCCCAUGGGGCUCGCUAUAUCGCUACAUCCCACGUGGGUGCGCUUGCCACUGCGCACCACCCAGCCCUUGGGCUUAGACACCCAGAGAGUAUUGGCUGGACCCCUCAGAAGGGAUGGUUGGCACUGCCCCAUCUCAGUUGCCUUGGCCAAGGUGGUGGGGCGAAGCUCAUGACUGCAGCGUUGGAGGUGGGAGGGUUCCAAGCGGGGAGCCAGCUGAUGCUCCCAGGCAACGCGUAGGGGGUAUGUUUCAUGGAGUCUUUUUGCUGACCAAACCCACUCGGAAGGGGGCAAACCCAGACCCCAUUUGUGGAAAUGUGACCUUAGCUCUACAGUAGCCGUGACCUUCCACCAGCUCCAUCAGAGGCUGGCUGCAGGGAGGAACAGUUGGUUCUCCACGGGGGAAUCCUUGCCCCUGUCCUCUAGGUGCAGAGGAUGGGGAGCUGGCCUUCAUUUCCAGCCCACACAAACCUUACUCUGGCUUAUGCACCUGCAAAUAUUCAAGCCUUUCUUUUCUUCAAAUUCCAUGAAGGCUUUGAAUCCUCCCCCCACCCAAACCCCGAGCCAGGUAUAUCUGUGAGGCGCGGCUAAUCGCAUCACGGCUCCAUCCCAGUGGCCGGUGCUUCAUGCUGACCAGAUCAGACAGCUGGUGACAGAGGGGCUCCAAGAAUUCUCAUCUUCUGGGACGUCAUGGAGAACAGGAAAAAGCCAAGAGGAUGGAGAGGAGCCAUUGUGUGGAACGUGCAAGUCACAGCCAGUCCUCCUGCUCCCUUGUCAAGGAGGCACUUCACAGCCCAAGCUGUUCAGUGUCAAGCCAGAUGGUCAGCAGCAGAAUCCUUGCCCAGGUUUCUCCGGACCCAAUCCCCAGCAUUCAGGGCUUUGCUUUGUCGGCAGCACUCUGCAGAAGCCACGGUGCAGGUAGAUGCCCAGCUGCUUACAAUGCAAGAGAGUGGAGGGGAAAAUGGGAAUGCGCCUGCUCCAGCCUGAGAUGCUGAGGAUGGAGCAGAGCCCUGCCAGCACAGGAGAGCUCCAUCCCCAUCUGCUCUGCAGGACACGGGAGACAAUUGGGCCAUAUUCUGUCAGUACUAGAAUCUCUAAUGGUAGGGCACGCCGCUGAACGCUGUGGUGUAAAAGGGUUAAAUAGUGCAUGAGAAGGAAGCCCCCUCCCCCAUCCCCUUAGUGCCAGACCUGAGCAUGCUAGAGCCAGGUGUCUCAAUCAGGAACUCAUCUGGAUUUUGUUUAAUGCCAAACCACAUAAAAAUGCUCAAAGCCGUCCAGUUUGUGUGGCAUCACUCUGGAGACAUCAUCCCUGCAACUCAGUGGUGCCAACGCCCCCUGCUGGUGGCACUUGGCAGCACCAUUUACCAGAAAGCAGAGCGAAGCUUGUUCGGACUUCUCAUGCCUUUGCGUUUCCCUCCCACCACUUUACGGGCCAGGCUGAUUCUCUGGCGCUGACAUUUCAUGGCUGAGUUCUUUUGACUGUUUUUUGCCAGGGGCCAGCAUCUACCUGAGGAGCGAUCCGACGGAUUUAAACAGAACCAGGUGUGGGCUCUGGCGCCGCCUAAGAAGGCUAUCCCAAGGGAAGCUGACUCUUCUUUGUAGGACACUCCCGUAGGCAAGAAAACAGCUGGAUUUAAAGGGGGAUGAGGGCUGUAAAUCAGGCAUCCAAAUCAGAGUUUUUCUUAGGGUUACUAAAGCAUGGGGCAUUUUGUUACCUCUGCUGGGGCUGCGUUCUCCCCCAUCCUUGGGGCAGAGGGAGAUUUCAGAAGGGCAGAGGGUUGCUUUUGGCCUUUGAAAGACACCAGGUGCCAGCCACAGGGGCUGUAAUUUUUUUUUAAUAGUCCUGGAGAGAAAAUGCCCAUAGACCCUCCUCACCGAACCCCUCUGCAAAUUACUCUGAUUGGUUGCUGGAAGGAUUCAAAGAAUACACCGCUCAGGGUCAGAGCACUCUGCUGGGAUUGGGGAGAGCAGGAGGAAAGGAACAUAAUUGAAAGGAUAAUGAAAUUCACUAAGUUAUUGUUCACUGUGUCUAUUGCAGUAGAUUAAGGCCCCACUGUACCAGGCGCUGUGCAGACACAUAGCAUCUCUGCCCUGACGAGCUCAUAGUCUAGACCUGACAGCGGGUGAAAGGAAGGAAAGCUCAAUGUAUGCUCAUUGUACAGAUGAGGAACUGAGGCAGCGUGAUUAAGUGUGCUUCAGGCUGUAGGAUCCUGCAGCCAUACAAGCAGUGGUGGUGGAUUAGAGAUUUAUACUUCUUUCCACAUUCAAAAAAAAUUCUCUGUAAAUCUGUAUGUAAACCAACAGGGAGCAUUUGGGGAAAGUUUUUUCACAGUGAGGGGAUUUUCUUGAGUGAUGUGUAUUGGCGGGGCAGGGUGCAUUAUACAUUUGGGAUUAUUGUGGUUUUCCCUCUGAUGGGGUCCCAGUUUCCAUCCUGAACAUCUGAGGCCUGCCUCAGUUCAGUAGCACCUCUGUUACUGUGAAACCCAACAGCUUUAAAAUGCGUCUUUUCCUUCCACCCAGACUGCACUGGACACAUAGGCCUGGCAGAACUCAAUUUUCAUUUCUUUAGAAUAUUGACAGCUACUGUCAAGGUUUAUUUUUAAGCUCUGUUUUAGAUUAUCAAUUUAAAUGUUCACAGCUAUGCAAAAUUAUGUGGAGGGAAGGGUUAAACAAUUAUUGAAUGAUAGAUGUUGAGAUUCAAAAAGUUAAAAUUUAACCACCAUUAAAACACAAGCUGUCAAUAUCACACAUCAAAAUACACAAAGAUCCUUCAGCUCUAAUAAGUUCUACGUUGUGUAUCUGUAAAUUUCAAUGAUCACCAAUGGAAAUAGUUUCUCCUCAGUUUGCGCGGGUACAGUGAAAUUGACAUUUACUGCAACAUUUACAGAUACACAAGCUAAUCCUUCCAAGCCUAGUGAUACACUUGCUGUACAGAGCUGCACACUGAUUGGGUUAGAUUAAUGAAGCAACAUGACAUCAGUUCAGACCUGAUGUUGGCUUUUAUUGCAUAAGGAAAGACCUAUGCUACCUACCUAAGGAUUAUCUACAUUUCCACCUUGACCUAAGCUACCUGCUGGAGAGGGGAGACCAAGCAUUGCCAGGGAGCAGAGCUAGAGAAGGGGCUGUCCUAAUGGAGGGGAAUCCUGUGAACGUUUUUCAGUUGGUUUGUUUUUUAU